CCCGUUGAUCGUAGCCCCGCCCCUUAUCUCUCCUCAGCCUCUGGGUGUUAUGUCGGCCACGCCCCCUGCCUGCCUCUCUCUCACGGCGGAAACCAAACCCGCUCCCUUCUUCGGCGAAUUCCCAACUGGCCGCAGCGCGCGGCGGGGAGAGCGACGCGCGGCCAGGAGCCCCCCUUCUUCGGCUUAGCCGCUUUCCACAUCGCGGCGCCUCAACAUGGCAGUAGAGAGGAAUGACGCCGGCAGUGGCCUGACGGUCUUCGUGUACGAUCGGAGGCAGGAUGUACUCUCGGACGACAGCGAGAAAGUCGUCCACUGUCAUGAGGAGAGCUAUGAGGGCUUCCGCAGCGCCGUCUACCAGGCAUGUGGCAUUUCCCCAGAAGAAACAUUUGUUAUCACAACAACUAACAGACAACAGAUCACCAGUGAAAAUUUUGUUUCAUGCAUAUGUUGCAGGUGGGAUUGUUCAAGACAGGAUGACUUUCUACUUGUUGCAGUCAAUUGAUCAAUCACUCCCCUCUGCAACAAAGGAGCGCAUUGAGUUCGUACCACAUUAUGACACACUUGUGAAAAGUGGAAUGUAUGAAUAUUAUGCUAGUGAAGGGCAAAAUCCGCUGCCAUUUGCACUUGCAGAAUUAAUUGAUAACUCUUUAUCAGCUACUUCUCGAAAUACUGGUGUUCGAAGCAUACAGUUAAAACUGGUAUUUGAUGAUGCCCAAGGAAAGCCAGCUAUUGCUGUUGUAGACAAUGGAAGAGGCAUGACUUCUAAACAACUUAAUAAUUGGGCUGUGUAUCGGUUGUCAAAAUUCAUACGGCAAGGUGACUUUGAAAGCGAUCAUUCAGGAUACAUACGCCCUGCAGCAGCCCCACGCAGUUUGAACAGCGACAUAUCAUAUUUUGGGGUCGGUGGAAAACAAGCAGCAUUUUUUGUUGGUCAGUCAACCAGAAUGAUAAGCAAGCCGGCAAAUGCUCAAGAUGUUCAUGAACUGGUUCUUUCUAAAGAAGAUUUUGAAAAGAAAGAGAAAAAUAAAGAAGCUAUUUACAGUGGAUUCAUUAGAAAUAGAAAGCCUUCUGACUCUUCCCACAUUGUUAAUGAUGAUGAACGAUUCCUGCACAAUCUCAUAAUGGAAGAAAAGAAUAAAGAAAGUUUCACUGCAGUCGUUAUUACGAGAGUACAGCCAGAUCAUGCGCAGUACUUGAAAAACAACUUUUACCUUUGGACAAGACAACUGGCACACAUAUAUCAUUACUAUAUACAUGGACCAAAAGGAAAUGAAAAUAACUUGCCAAUGAAGGACUCGGGAGUUUUCAACAGUAUUGAUAUUGAGAUAACUAUGUUUGAAAAAGGAAAGAUACCCAAGAUUGUGAAUCUUAGAGAGAUCAAAGAUGAUAUGCAGACUUUAUAUAUAAAUACAGCUGCUGAUAAUUUUGAGUUUAAGGCUCAUGUUGAAGGAGAAGGUGUAGUGGAAGGCAUUAUUCGUUACCAUCCUUUCUUGUAUGAUAAAGAAUCCUAUCCUGAAGAUCCUUGCUUUCCUUCAAAGUUAAAAGAAGAUGAUGAUGACGAUGAAUGCUUUUUAGUAGAGAAGGGAGGCAGAGGAAAGAGACCUGUUUUUGAAUGUUUUUGGAAUGGAAGAUUAAUACCCUACUCAACAGUGGAAACUUUUGAGUGGUGUGCUGUUCCCAAGAAAAGGAUUGUCCCAGUUGAAUGUUACAACAGAAUUUCUGGAGUACUAUUUACAAAUGAUAAAUUUCAGGUCAGCACAAACAAGCUGACUUUCAUGGAUUUGGAGUUAAAAUUAAAAGAUAAACAUACACUUUUUACCAGAGUCGUCAAUGGACAGGAACAGAGAAUGAAAAUUGACAGAGAAUUUACAUUAUGGCUCAAAGACUGCCAUGAAAAAUAUGACAAACAGAUAAAAUUCACUUUUUUAAAAGGAAUAAUUACACGCACUGAUCUCCCUUCAAAAAGAAUGCAGAGUCCUUGGGCAGCAUAUUCAGCGAUAGAAUGGGAUGGAAAAACAUAUGAAACUGGGCAGCUGGUAAAAACAAUUAAAACUGUUCCAAUAUUCUAUGGAAGUAUACUGCAAUUUUUUUUAUAUGGAGAUCAUGAUGGAGAUGUGUAUGCUACUGGGGGAGAGGUUCAGAUAGCUUUGGAACCUCAGGCAUUGUACGAUGAAAGAAAGAUUAUUCCAAUAUGCAAACUUGACCGUUCAGUAUCGGACAAAGCUGUGAAGAAAUAUGUUGAGGAGGAAAUGGCUAGGCUUCCUGACAAGUUGUCAGUAACAUGGCCUGAAGGAGAUGAAUUGUUAUCAAAUCAAACCAGACAUGCAGGAACUACUAUAGGGGCAUUAAGAAUUGAAAUAUUGAAUAAAAAGGGGGAAGCCAUGCAAAAGCUCCCUGGUGCAAGUCACGGGGGAUCAAAAAAACUGCUUGUGGAACUCAAGGUUAUUUUACAUGCCCCUGAUGGAGAUAAGGAAAUCAUUUCUCAUAUCAGUCAGCAUGGGGGUAAAUGGCCCUACUGGUUCAAAAAAAUGGAAACUAUUAAUAAACUUGGAAGUUACACCCUGAAACUGCAAGUUGUGUUAAAUGAAAGUAAUGCAGACACUUAUGCGGGAAGACCUCUUCCAUCUACAGUUUUUAAAUUUAACAUAAUAGCGGGAAAGCCUCACCGCUUUUCAAUAGGUCUUUUGGAUCCUCCAUUUCGGAUUGGAAUUCCAUUCAGUAUUCCUUUAAAUGUGCAAGAUGAAUUUGGUCAUGAUACUGAUCUGAGAGAUGAUAUUAUACCACAACUUGAAGCUAGUGGUUUAACAUUAAAGUAUGAAGAAAUGGAUAGAGGACCAAACUCGGUUAUAAAAGGUGUUAUUGCUAAAGGUACUGUGAACAGCUUCCAAGGCAAGAACUUUACUCUGAAAGUUUUACUUCCUGGUUUAAAGGAAGACUCCCAUGUUUUGAAAAUUAAACUUCUCCCAGGCCUUCCUUGCCGGCUAAAUGUCAGACCAGAUUCCAACAUCUUGAAAAUUGAAAAUGGAACAUCAUUCCCUUUCCAGGUUGAAGUGCUGGAUGAAGUAGGAAAUAUAACAGCACAACCAAAACUAAUUGUUUAUUGCAAGUUUUCAGGCGCUCCAAAUCUUCCUACAUAUUCCACAGAUUGCAGCACUGCUGGGUGGAAUAUCUUAACUGGACCAGCUCUACAUGUACAAAAUAUAAAGAAAGAUCAGACACUUAAAGCAAAGAUUGAAAUACCUACUUGCAGAAAUGUGCCACCAGUGGAAAAGACUAUUAAAUUGCUUCCCAGCAAUCGUGUUGCAAGACUACAGAUUUUUAAUGUGGUAGAGGAACAGGCUAUUCAGAUCAAGCACCAGGAUGAAAUUAGCUGGAUUGCAGGUGACUUGAUGCAAAAUCUUAUCUUCCAAAUGUAUGAUGAGAUUGAAAGAGAGGUUAUAAUAACACCAGCUCUGACUGAAAAAAUCCAGGCAAAUUGGACUGCCGAGAUUAAUAGAGAAAAACUGCUUAAAGGAUUGUUGCCUGAUGUACAAGUACCAACAUCUGUAAAAGAUAAGCGCUAUUGUCAGGUUGUAUUUCGUGAUGACCGUGUAUCUCUGGAAACUGCAUUUACUGUCAGGCCACUUCCUGAUGAGCCAAAGCAUAUUAAAUGCAAACUAAAUGGAUCAAACAUAAUACAAAUGGGUGAAAAGCUGCAAGCUGAAAUUGAGAUAAUGAUAAUAGAUCAGCAUGGAAACCAAAUUCAAAACCUGACAUCAUCUUCUUUGAAUUCUUUGGGAAUUUCUGGGAAUGAUUUGGAUAAGACCGAUUUGAUAACUACUUGGCAGGCAGAUUCGCAAACGUUCUGUAUUAAAGGCAUCAGAUUUAAACCAGGCCAUCCUGGAACCAAAGAACUGUGUUUUGCUUGGCAUGAAUUUUCUCACUUCUUGAGAUUAAAUGUGAUUCCAGGACCUCCAUCAAAAUUGAUUCUUAUGGAUUGGACGAACUUAGAGGAAUCUAUGUUAGUGAUUAACGGCAAGGAGCUGCCUAAAUCUAUUACAGUCCAGCUUUGUGAUCAGUGGGAUAACCCAACUCCUAAACCAAACGUCAAAAUAAGCCUUGUAAAGUCAAGCAUCAUAAAGGUCACUCCUUCAAAUCAGCUGUAUAAAACAGAUGAAAAUGGUAGAGCCCAUUUGGGAGUUCUUAACAUCCAUGCUCCUAGGGGAGAGCACACAUUGCAGCUUAAAGCAACAUAUAACAUGACUAUGUUAGAUUGUCCAGUAAUUAAGCUAAACGUUCUGCCUGACCCGAGUAAACCUGUACACUUGAAUGUCAAGUAUGAUAAUAAAGAUGCCUUUGUAGCCGGAAGCUCCUUUCCUGAUUUCAUGAUCAGUGUUAUUUCUGAAGAUGGUAACAUUAUUAAGAAUAUAAAUCCUGGAAGAAUUUCUAUGAAAAUAUGGGAAGAGGACAGUAGUGAAACCCGGUCGAAUGUUACAACAUUUGGCUGCACCCAAGCUAAGGAGGAUAAGGAUGACGGCUUUUUUUACUUCAGGAACCAAAACGUUCCCGAAAAAGUGGGCUCGUACAGCAUCCAGUUUGCUUUUGCCAUUGACAAAGUGAACAUCCUUAGCAGCGAACAGAUUGUAGUUGAAGUGGUGCCUAAUGAACCAGUGAAGUUGAUGCCAGCAUCUCUGCCACAUACUCCUGCAGUCUCUAAUGCAGCUUCUGUUGGCAGUCGGACCCUUGUCAAGGACUUGAGCUUCAUUAUAAUGGAUGAAUACAAAAACAAUAGUGGGAAUGACUUAGAUGGAAAAAUCAUGGUCAAAAUUAAAAGUUCCACUGGGAAAGAUGGAGACAUUCCACUGUUUCAGGGUAAAACUAGUACAGUUGAGUUUCCAUUUCACAAAGGAAUUGCUGAAAUUGAGGCUCUUGUACUGGCAGAAAAUAGCCCAGGGAGACAUAGUACUAAAUAUAUUCUUGUGUUUGAGCCAAUCAUACCAACUUUGGAAAGAAACUUGGAACCUUACUGCCUUCCAUUUAUGUUUUACAAUGAUUUUAAGACACAACAGCAGAUGGCGACACUUACAAAACAGAGAGACAAUCUAGUUCAAUCAGUAAGCAUCUACAGAAGUAUGCUUGAUACCUCUAAUAAGCUACUGUCUGAAAUAAAAUGUCGGGUUCAGGAAGCAAAAAUGAAAGAGGCCCACCUGAAGGCUGAACUGAAAAAACAACAGAUUGAUCUACCUGAGACGAAUGUUCUGCAGCAUGUUGACUCACUUCUGAGACAGAAGAAAUCUGAGCAGGAAGAAAUAAAAAGACAACCUAGAAGAACAUGUGGAAUUGCCCACUAUAAUAAAGGCAGCCAAGAUGUUUUAGGCAAGAUUGCACACUUGGCAACAAUUGAAGAGAAUGAAGCAGCAAAGGUUAUCUCAUGGCAUUUGGCGAGUGACAUGGACUGUGUAGUCACUCUGACAACUACUGCUGCUCGUCGUAUCUUUGAUGAAACUCAGGGGCGGCAGCAGGUAUUGCCUCUUGAUUCUAUUUACAAGAAGAACCUUUCAAACUGGAACAGGCCUUUACCUCACUUUCGAAAUGGAAGGAAAUGUUUCGAUCCUCUUGGAAAUCCAGUGUUUGCCAGACAUUUGCUAACAUUUCCAGAACACCAAGAAAACUGCCAGACAGUGUUUGGAUUGAUCUUAGGAGACACCAUUAUUGUUGACAGUUUAGACGCUGCCAAUCAUUACAGAAAAGAGGUUGUUAAAUUUGCAUAUUGCCCAACUUUACUGACAAGAGAAGGAGACAGAGUUCGCCCAAAUGGAAAAUUUGGAGGCCUUCAGAAUAAAGUUCCUCCAGUGGAUAAACUUAGAGGAAUGGUAUUUGCAGCACCUCUGCCACAACAGUACAAUGUUCUCUCCACACAGAUAGAACUCCUUCACCAGUACCACGCAACAGUUGUCAGACUUAAUAAAGUGAAUGCAGAACAUGAAGAGCAGGAGCAGUCAUUAAAUUCUCCAGACAUGCAAAAAAAGAAAGAAGAACUUGCUGAACAAGAGAAGGAUCUCAAGUCAAUAGAGGAGAAAAUAGGUAUGACUCCAACAGGCCGAUGCUCCAAAUCAUCACUUCGAUCAAAAGCGCUUGAUGUGAAUGAUAGUCCCAGUCCUCCAAAAAGAAUGCGGAGAGAAAUAUUUAAAAGUUGAGAAGAAUGGAUCUUGUCUUCUCCCACAAAGAGGCAGCAGCAAACCACAGAUGUUACAUCUGAAGUUAAUGGAUGGUCCAGAAAAAAGAAAACUUUACUAGCCAGAUUGGCUACAAAGUACCUGUAUAGUAAAAUAUGCAUAACCAAAAUGGGAAAAGAUUGUUACUGUCAUUAAAACUUUUAUACUGUUCAAAGGGAGCCAUUUUGUUGUAGUAGCAAUCAUUUCAGUUAGCAUAAUCUUGUAUAGUUUUCUACGUUUUUGUUGAGCAGCAAUUAUUAAACUGUAAAAUGUGAAAAUGUAAAUGUUUCAUUUAUGAACAAUUCAAAAUUUUGCAAUGAAUAUUGAAAUAUUAAAAGUUUUGUUAGCACAAUGAUAUAUUUCAGUGUAGAUUUCUGAAAAUGUAAACAUUUUUUCAAUUUUUUAACCGUAAUUUUGUAGAAGAUAAUAUCCCAAACUGUUCUAUAUUUAGCAACUGAAAUCACAGAAUUGUAAAGGUGGAAAAGGCCAUCUAGUCCAACUCCAUGUUCAAAUCAAGAUCAGCCUAAAUCACAAAAUAUAAGAUUUGGUUCAGAAAUAUUCUGGAUCUACAUAUAAAUUGCUUCAAGCAUUGUCCCCACAUAAACUAUAGAGACUUCCUAUAGAAUUGAGGAUAAGAAUGUGUGCAGCUUGAAGACUGAUAGACAAAUUUGUCUUCUAUUUCACACUUUUAUAUACUUGCUAUCUAUAAUCAGUAGGAGGCAGAUUUUUUGAACUUAAGUUUUUACUGCAGCCUAUGAGUGAUUAUGAUCCCUCUCAGCACAGCUCCAGUUCUGGCACAAUCAGGACAGACACUAGGCUUGAAGACAUCAUUGGUAAGCACAACUCUGAGGGGAAAAUUGGGGGCAUCCUUCAUCUUGACAAGGUUCCUCAGAUACCAGGCAUUUUUUUCCUAGUCCUACAAAUAUUCAUAGAACUAUAACCAAUAAGAGUCUAAUUUUCUCCCCUAUCCAUUGGAAUGAAAUUUGCCGGUAUUAACACCUGCCACUUAUGAGAUCCUUCUUAAUAAAUUUCAGAUUAAGAGAAAGUGUCCCUAUUGCUAUCUUGCAGAACAGAUCUAAGGAGGUUUGGUAAUCCAAGAAAACAAGUAAUAUGGCAUAGUGGGCAAAAAUGAUCUAUAUGUGAUUUUUAUAGCCCAAUCCUAUACGGGGGGGGGGGGGGGGAAUGGGAUUUUGGAGCCAGCGCUGGGUUUUGCCAGUGUGCCCACCCCACCAGCAUAAGUGGCACUUAGCCAGUGAGGAGAGAAAAUUAGAAGGUGGGCAGGCACCGUGGACCUCAGCUGCACACAACCCAGGAAAAUGCCAGUGCAACUGGGAGCAUUCAGGGGAUGGAACUGAGUUUAGUCAGCCGCCACUGGGCUCUUAGUGUAACCCUUGGAUUUACACAGAGGUGGAUUCAGCUGAUUUGCACUGGUUCUGCCGAACCAUUGUUAACCGUCUGGAAUCCUAGGGCAACCGCAGAUCAGGCCGCAUCCCCCCACCCAAAAUCAGAAAGGGAGGCCGGGGGCGCAGCAGCCAGGUAAGUGGGCAGCAAGGGAGCGCACAGCAGGGGGAGCGAACCUGUGGUUGCUCUUUUAGAACCCCACCACUGAACUUAUACCACCCAAAUGCUGGUAUAAGUCCAUUUGGGGCUAUGGAGGGCUUUCAGGCAGCCGAGUUUUUCAGAUCUUCGCUGCCUUCCAAUGCUUCCUAGAAGCCCUCUGGAGGCAGAGCUGCUGCAGAGACGUCUCUGGCCAUGGUGGCCUCUGGAUUGGGCUGUUAAAUGCCUUUGAGUAAGCACAGCAUUUACCAAGAAUGUAGAGCAGAACAUGGUGCCCACCUGGGUGACAUGGCACCUACCAGCACCUUGCUUGGAACCAUUUUUUAAAGAGUGUGCCACAUGGGUGACUCUGUUUCCCAUGACAGCCAUGUUGUGGUUGUGCUCACCACCUUGUGUCAGCAUUUCAAAGGUGCCUGCAGCCUGAAAAAGGUUGGGGAGCCCUGAUGUGGAAUGAUCCUGGUAUCAGCCAUGAACAUAUCAGGUGAGGACAGGGCAGAGCUUGCAAAACCACCACUUUGCUUGUUCGGUAUUAUUGCUGUUAGCUUUUACUUAUUGUUUUAACACACAAAUAACCCCAUUCAUGUCUGAAAUGAUGUGGGGCACUGUCUCUUUUGAACAAUAAAUGGAGUAUUUGGGAGGAACGUUUGGAUUUUGAUUACUUAGCAUCUAAGUGCACACCCCUGCAAAAUGUGCACCAUUAAAAAAUUUUGUAAUGCUACUCUUCCAAUCCAGAUUGCUUUCUCUUGGCUACACAGCUAUUUUUUUUCUCAUUUAGAAGUAAGAAGAGGAGGAGGAGAGUUGGAUUUAUAUUCCCCCUCUUUCUCUCCUGUAAGGAGAUUCAAAGGGGCUGACAAUCUCCUUUUCCUUCUGCCUUCCCCCCCCCCCCCCAGCCAAACAACAAACACCCAGUGAGAUAGAUGGGGCUGAGAGAGCUUAGAAUACACAACAUUAUAUUUUAAUUACCUACUCAGGUAUACAUAAUUCAUUUCAGGGAGUUUAGACUGGAGUAACUCUGCAUAGGCUUGCACUCUCUCUCCUUCCUUUUUAUUAUCAAGUAUAUUAAUCCCCGAAUAAAGCUUUAUCUAUACUUUAAUCAGUUUUUGAACCUUUGUUGUGUUAAUUAGGCUGCCAACACUAUUUAUCUGAAUCCGCGGCAAAAAAUGUUUCCCCUAAAGGGCAAUAUCUUUGUGGAUUUAUCUAGAUCGAAUCACCAUUUAUUUUGAAUGAAAAAUAUACUUCUGUCUCAUCUAGCUCUAUUACUCUGAGCUGCUCUGUGUUGGGUGUUGCCUCCCAUGUGAUAUGGCAAAGGUUUUGCUUGUCAAAACACACAACUGCGUUCUGGGACAAAGGCCACUGUUUCCUGCAGUGAGGGAGCGUCUUUAGUGUGCUGGGAUCCAUUUUAAGAGUUUUUUCUGGCAGAGCUUACUAAUAGAUCCUCUAGGGAACCCUGGAAAUCUUCUAACUACUGGAUACCGGCUAAAGCAUCAGCUUGGUGGAACUGUCAUAUUUUAGUUGCACUCUUCCUAAACCAGAAGGGAAGUGAGCAAUCAACAGUUCCUUCCAGAAGUAGAUGAAAAGAAUGCCUUCCUGUGCAAGAUGGGGCAAAUCCUAGCUAUCCUGUGCAUGCCUACUACUUCAUGCCUACUACUACAUGUUCAUGCCUACUACUUUGCCUAAUGCUCUUGUACAUAAAUAUAAACAAGGAAAAGGGAGGUAAAUGUAAGUGUAAAAUAGCCUUCUUGAGUCUCCUAAAUUAGUUGAGCAAAGACAUCUUACAAGCCCUAACUGCUAUCAGAUAGGAAGAUACAUUGGGAAAGAAUAGGGGGAACUGUUUUCCCAUGCAGACUGUUCUGUGAUUCAAAGACUCGUUCAUUCUUGUGAUGGCAUGGAGCCCUCUUGUUCCAUUGCAUUGGUCUGGUUCAGGAAUGAAUUGACCAGUCACUCAGAGUUUGGAAAUCUUGCUACACUGCAGUUACAUUUUUAAUGAAAAGAGAUUACUGGUUUGUUCUUUGUAGAUGUAUAAUUUUCAAAGACUGUGAAGAAUAAAAAAACCCCUUUUUCUAAA